AUGUCCUCAUCGCAAACUGCCUCCACCGACCCGAACGACUUCUUCGAGCCGAUCGACAUGGACACCAUCGCCACCUCCGUCCAGUGCAUCCCGGUCACUCUCGCGGCGUGGAAAGAGCUUGACCAGAAGCGUGCCGGCGCUCGCCGUUUUGGCCCCGCCCAGCUGCACACCAUCUUCAACACCGUCACCCGAGCACUUCCGGCAGGCGAAAAUCCGAUCGGCCGCGGCCGCGGCCGCCCCUCGAAGCGCCUCCCGGACGUGUCGCUCGACAAGCCCACUCCUCCUCGACAGAAGCGUGCCAAGAAGAGCGUCGAGCGUGGCGCCGGAGAUGCUCCCGCCGUCGUCGUCGAGCCGUGCAACAACAACAACAAUGAAGCCGCGGUUGUCGACGACCAAGAGAUCGGCCCGAACACCACCGUCAUCCCGGAGCACGACAAUAAUCCCGGCAACAACAACUCGCAGCCGGACGCUCCGGACACCAAUGACGGCGUGCACGUCGGAGAUGUUGCGCCGUCGGCUGCUCUCGCCGAUGUUCAAGGCUCGGAUGUGCCGAUACCGUCCAACGGAGAGCCGGAGGCCGAAAACGUGGAGCUGCCGUCCGCCACAGUUGAAGAUGUUCAAGGCUCGGAGGACGCUCUCGAGAACGUCGUGGCCGCGGAUCUGCCCGCCCCAUCCAAUGAAGCCUCUGAGGGCCCGGAUGCCGAGCUGCCCGCUGCCACUGUCGACGAUGCUCUAGGCUGGGAUGCGAUCCCGGCAUCCAGCGAGGACGACGGCUUCGGCGCGAACAUCGAGCUUCCACCGUCCACCACUGACAAAGAGAACACGCAGCCGCCGCCGUCGGCCGUCUUCGAACAGCACAUGCUCACCGACGCCGAGGGCAACCCGCUGAUUUCGUGCCCCUUCCAGCCGGGCUACGUCCCCAUCGUU